GAGCCAUAUUUUCAAUUUGUCAAGGUAUUACCAAAAUUAAAUAUGCCACAACAAAGUGGAGAAGUGAUUGGACAAGUUGAAAUUUUAAAAAAUAGCAUAUAUUACAUUAUUGAAAAUUUAAGAUUUCAUGAAAUUCAAGUUAUUUGUAAGCAUAUUGGUUUUAUUUCUGGAACAAUUUAUGAACAUUCCGAAGAAAGUUAUUUUCCCAUAAAGGAAACUUAUAGUUUUGCUCUUUCAAAUAUAAAAUGCAACAAUACAAACACUAAUUUUGAGGAUUGUGAAUUACAACCAAAAUUUAGAGGAAAGUCUGGACCAUCAUACAGUUUAUUUCUUUAUGGUUCUGAACAGGGUUUAAAGGAUAAUAUUAUCAUUUGUCAUACUUUAGAUGCAAAAGAUUUAAGAAAUUCACUACCAAAACAAGAUUUAAAUGAAAUAGAAUGUAACUUUGACUUUUUUCUCUGUGAACAAAGUGGCAUUUGUAUCAAUUCAAUUUAUGUUUGCGAUGGUGAAAAUGAUUGUUUGACGAACGACGAUGAAAAGGAUUGUUUACAACAACAACAGAAUACAUUUUCAUGUUUUAAAACAAAUCAAACUGUCAAAUAUACAAGUGUAUGUGAUCAUGUAUCAGAUUGUUUCGAUAAUUCUGACGAAGAAUUUUGUAGUUUUAUCUUGUGCAAUAAUGGACAAUGCAUCGAAAGAUAUAAAGUUUGUGAUGGUCGUCACGAUUGUUUUGAUAAGACUGAUGAAAUAUGUCAAAGAUCCGAUGCUCUAAUUGAUCAAGUAAAGAAAGAAUGUAAUAAGAAUAGUCAGUUUGUCUGUGAUGGAUUGUGUUAUGAACACCAUCUUCGUUGCAAUGGAAUUCCAGAUUGUUUGUAUGACGAAUCUGGGUGUGAAACUAGUUCUUCGGAUUUCACCGAAAGUGUGUGCAAAGAACAAUUUUGGAAAUGCGAUAUAGAAUUUGAUGGAAAGGGACACUUGAUAUCAAGACCAUACAGCUACUUGUGCAAAGAAUUAAAAUGCUCCUCAAACCAUUACAAAUGCUAUCUGGAAGGCUAUUGCAUUCCUAUUGAAAAUGUUUGCGAUGGAGUGAAUCACUGUUUAUACGGAGAUGACGAAUACAGCUGCCGUACAGUAGAAGGUGAAUGUAUUUUCUUCUACUUAUGGAGAAAAGGGAAAGCGAUAGGGAUUGAAGAAAUGAAUAUGAAAUGA